CCUACACGGACAGCAAAGCUUCUGCAGUGCUUGCUUUGAGUGCCCUGCUUUCUGGGAUACCACAGCAUUUAUUUUCCUCAUUGGUUUUCAUGCUUUGAAUUGUUUUUCUGCCAUGGAGCCGGAGCUGCCCCAUUGCAGGCGAUGGCCCCACUCUGUAGUGCUUCAGGUUCUGCUGCAGCUCCGAGACCUUCAUGGUGUUCAUGCCAGGUCUGGAUUCUGACCCCAGCCUUCAGCCCCUCGUUUAGGAUGCAGCAACACUGUUCUUGCCACCAAACUUGUACCACGAGAAGCAAUUUUGUAGGCUGGAGACAAGUUCAGACUGGUGGAACUGGCUCAUCAUAGAGCAGUGGGAUGACCAGGCUUGGCUCCAAAACUUCAGGAUAUGUAAGGCAACCUUCCAGGAGCUGUGUACCUGGCUUGCCCUCGCCCUGCAACAACAGGACACCAACCUGCGCCCUGCCAUCCCCCUGGAGAAGAGGGUGGCUAUUGCCCUCUGGAAGCUGGCCACCCCCGACAGCUAGCAUUCAGUGGGACACCAGUUUGGCGUGGGGAGAUCUACUGUUGGCGCCAUGUUGAUGAAGGUGGUGAGGGCCAGCAACUCGGAGCUGCUGAACAGCAUUGUCCCCUUGGAAAUCUGGAUACCAUCAUGGCUGGCUUUGCUGGACUGGGAUUCCCGAACUGUGGAGGAGCACUCAAUGGAACUCACAUCGCAAUCUGUGCACCGCCCCAUCAAGCAGCCCAGUACAUCAACAGAAAAGGCUACUUCUCCAUGGUGCUGCAGGCCCUGGAUGACCACCAUGGACAAUUCACUGACAUUUGUGUGGAGUGGUCAGGCCGGGCACAUGAUGCUCGGAUCUUCAGAAAUUCCUACCUUUACCACAGGCUGCAGGCUGGAACAUUCUUCCCACAGUAAAACUUUGCUGUUGGGGAUGUGGAGAUGCCAAUCUGCAUUGUGGCCAAUGUGGCGUACCCCCUGGCUUAUGAAGCCGUACACUGGGCAUCUGAACGCAAACAGGGAACAAUUUAAUGCACACCUGACACAGGCGUGCUUGCAGGUCAAAUGCUCCUUUGGCCGGCGGAAGGGAAGGUUUAGGUGCCUGCUCACUUGCCUCAACACGGCGGAACGCAAUAUCCCUGAGGUGGUGGCUGCAUGUUGCGUGAGUCACAACCUGGAGGAGAGCAAAGGGGAGGCCUUCCUCCCAGGGUGAGAGACACGGGUUAAUGUCGAGGGGAAGCGGUUCGAGCAGCCCCAGACAGCUGCCAUCCGCCAAGCCCAUCAGGUGGGGGUCCACAUCCGGGAGGCUCUGCAUGAGAGAUUCUCAGCAGGAGCCCAAUGACUCUCUUCAGGCCCUCCCCAAUGGGACCUGUUGGCCUGGGCUCCUAGCCCCAAGACCUUUCCUCCCACAACCCAUCUCUGCACCAGUCUCCGGACAGUUAACACACACACACACACACACACACACACACACACACACUAUGUUUUAUAUCAAAAUGUUAUGUUUAUUAUCAAACAAUGUGCAAAGAAUUAACUUUUUGUAACAAAAUAAAAC